AUGAAAAACAUCACGAUCAUUGUUAAAAAUUAUCUCCCACCGGCAGUUGGCGAGAUCUUUGCCCCUGCAAAGUACUGCAAUGCCGAAACACGGAAAGGGAUACUAUAUCCAAAAACGAGAGCCUGUACAGAAGCUCGGCUACCAUGUCCAGAUCCGGAGAAUAUCAUGGGUACGUUAAUGAUUUACGAAUUCAAAAAAUUAUGUCCACUGAGCCUCUAAUU